GAACAAAAUGGUUUAAGACGCACAUAUGUACCUGAUGAUGUACCACAAGAGCAAGCAACAUUUAUUUUCACAAAACCCGAAAAGCUUGUAGAACCGAAAAAGCUAGUUGUCAUAAUUCAUGGUAGUGGUUACGUUAGAGCUGGUCAGUGGGCUAGAAGCCUCAUCAUUAACAACUCACUUGACCAUGGCACUCAAAUUCCCUAUAUUAAACGCGCAGAAUCCCUGGGAUAUGAUAUAUUGCUAACAAAUACAAAUGACAACUACCGCGUGAUCAAUGGGGAAAAUCGGCCAAUACCACGACUUGGAUCUGCUUCAGCACACGCCAGAUAUGUUUGGGAAAAGUAUGUGAUGGCUUGUAAUCCCGAGAGUGUAGCAAUUGUAGCACAUAGCUACGGUGGAGCGAUUGCAAUGGAUUUGGCCAAACGUUUUACAAAAUUCUUUGAGAAAAACGUGUUUGCGAUUGCACUAACUGACUCUGCCCAUUUCCAAAUACCGGGUGAAGCUAAGCAGAUCAUUUUAGAUAUAUCUUGCAACUGGGUAUCUAGUUCUGCACCCCUCGACACCGAAAUCUAUACGGGAGAAGGAGAAAUGCUUAGUGUAUCGGCUGGACAUCCAAAGCACGAAUGGACCUCGUACUCCUCUUUUGAAUCAGUUUUUAAGUUCUUAGAAGAAAAAUAUGAACGUUUCAUUGCAGUUCGCACGGGAAGUAAAAAAGCAAAAACGGGAAAGUAAUGGUACAUAACACUAACCACGCAUCUAAUGAAUUUAUAUAGAUAUGUAAAGAAACUAUUAAUAGCAUAGAUUUAAAGAAACUGCUUUCGAGGUGAAGACUUUUUAAUUAGACAUUCCAUUUGGAAUCGUAAUCUCAAAUUUCCAUGAAUAUUUGUUAUCGCAUCCUUUUGUGUGAAUAACUUCAACCUAUACAUAUGUAUGUAUGUAUGUAUGCUACAUACUUACAUAUAGAGAUGUUGCAUUCCGUCAUAUUUUGUUUUAUGUUGUUUUCCUGCACAUAUUUUUACUUGUCAGUAUCACUUAUAUCAAUUUAUUUAAUUUGAUUUCCACCACUUAGAUUCAGUU